UCCAGGCAUGGAAAAGCCUUGGAGGCAGAAAGAGUGCAUAUUAUGCCCUGUUCACCGCAAAUGGCUAUGGAAGGCCUGAUUGGGAGUUAUUUAUGAUUGUAAGGAGGCCACAACUUGCUAACGUUGCAACCUUUGUUUUGCGUAAAGAAGGAUGAGUAUGUUAGGGGCCCUCUGCACUGUUCUCUUCUUCCUCUUUUUGGAUAUUGGAGCUAGCAAAGAUGAUUGUCCACCUUCCAGCUGCAGUCCGGACGGCCCCGAAAUCAGAUUCCCGUUUCGGAGAAGUGACUACCCAGAGCACUGUGGCUAUCCAGGAUUCGAGCUGGCUUGCCAGGGUAGUGACACUGUCAUCAAGCUUCCAUCAUCCGGAGCUUUCGCUAUAGCAUCCAUCGAUUAUGCUGGACAGAAUCUCAGUCUUGAAUCAAAAGUCUGCCCUGCAUCCAUCCUCUGGAACCUUGAUGUUUCCAACUCGCCUUUCCGCUUCUACAGUUACGGCCUGGAAGACGAGCCGCAGAAUUACACAUACCUUAACUGUUCAGCAGCUGAUUGCAUCCAAUAUUAUGGAUCUAAUUAUUACAUCUGCGCCGUACCAUCGGAUUUGAGCUUGAAUAGAGCACCAAAAUCUUGCACACCCGUAAAGACCAUUCAAGCGAUACGGCCAGAUUUUUUUAUCUAGAUGAUUAUUCAUCCACAUAUGAUGAAUAUGUUCCUACUUUAAUGUGGGAGCGUCCUGAUUGCGCUCGCUGCGAAACUGGACGAGGGAUUUGUCGCCCCAAUAAUUCUAAUAGUCAUGAAAUUAUGUGUUUAUACCAACCUCAAUGCAAAGGUGGAAUAUGCAAGAAGCGUUUGAUUAUAGGUGCUGUAGUCCUGGGCAUCUUGGUUCUUUUAGCGACGACGGCAACCACAAUUAAGGUAUGCCACUCUUCGUUGCUAAGAAGAGAGAAGGAAAAGGAGAGUCAACUAAAGGUCGAAAAGUUCUUGGAAGACUAUAAAGCUCUUAAACCCUUGAGAUAUUCUUAUGCUGAUAUCAAGAAGAUCACCAAUCAAUUCAAAACUAAAUUAGGUGAGGGUGGUUAUGGCAGUGUAUUCAAAGGAUUUCUUCCUAAUGGAGUACCUGUUGCCGUGAAGAUACUCCUAACAUCUAUAGGCAGCAACGGUGAAGAUUUUGUAAAUGAAGUAGGCACAAUUGGUAGGAUUUACCAUGUCAAUGUUGUGCGUCUUCUAGGAUUCUGUGCCGACGGAUUCAAACGAGCACUUAUCUAUGAAUUCAUGCCGAAUGAAUCCCUGGCGAAGUUCAUCUUCUCAGUUGAUGGUAGAAGUACAUUGCUAGGCUGGGACAAGCUUCAUAAUAUUGCCAUUGGCAUAGCUAGAGGAAUUGAAUAUCUUCAUCAGGGAUGUGACCAACGUAUCCUCCAUUUCGAUAUUAAGCCCCAUAAUGUCUUGUUAGACGAUAAUUUUUGUCCAAAGAUUUCGGAUUUUGGGCUUGCAAAGUUGUGUUCAAAAGAGCAAAGCAUAGUGUCAAUGACAGCUGCCAGAGGGACUGCAGGUUACAUUGCACCAGAAGUGUGCUCUAGGAACUCUGGAAAUGUUUCAUACAAAUCCGAUGUUUAUAGUUUUGGAAUGCUAUUGCUGGAAAUGGUGGGUGGGAGGAAGAACAUGGAUGCAACAGUGGAAAACACCAGCCAAGUGUACUUCCCAGAGUGGAUCUACAAUCGUUUGUAUCAGGAGGAGGAGCUUGGGCUCCACAUUAUUGAAGAGAACGAUGCAAUUAUUGCAAGAAAGCUGACUAUUGUGGCACUUUGGUGCAUACAGUGGUAUCCAGUGGAUCGCCCUUCAAUGAAAAGUGUGGUGCAGAUGUUAGAGGGAAGCAUGGAGAACUUGGUUAUGCCUCCCAAUCCUUUCACUUCUGCUGGUCCACCAAAUACUCACGUAGCUUUGUCUGAUAGGCGUCUUGGCACAAAUUUGACAACUAUCCCCGAACCAAACUCUGAGCAAGAAGAAGUUUGAUGUUUGUUAGUCUCUGUUACUUCGGUCGAGGAGUGAUGCAAGUGUAAUCGUCAAAACCAUGCUUGCUUAUGUUUACGUAUCACUGUGAUGAUUAAUAAGUAUUCAAUUGUGGGUUGAUGCUGUAAUUCAAGGUUUGAGGUCUGUAAUACUGGCAUAGAUUAUUUUUGUUAUUAUUGUGGUGAUA